AUUUUUUUCGAAUAAUUAUGUAAAAAUGAUAUAUUUUACAAGAGACUACUGUUAACGAGGAACUAUUAACGGUGAAGUGCUUUAAGCUGAAUUUCUAGCGUAUUUUCUUAUUGGUUAGUGAUCAGCCAUUAGAUAUCGUGCAAUUUUAUAGAAAUGAUUUCUGCCUUUAUGUUGCUGAAAUGUGGAUGCGACAAAAAUUGAGAAGUUUACUGUAAACGCUAAUACCACGUGUAAAAUGAUCAAUUACCCCUUGUUCUAUUAUUUUUGGAGGUUAUGUGUAAAAUGUUAAUUAAUAAAUAUUUCCAUUGAAUAUUAUACAUUUCGUUUGAUUUUAACAAAAUCGCUUAUCGUCUAAUUCUACUAAUUUAUAUAUAAUCAGAAAGUAUAAGUAAUUAAUAAUUAAUAUGGCAACUUCAUUAGCGGAACAAUUAAGGAAGCUAAGAGCACCACAAACUGCGAUACUGUUACAAGAUAAGAAACGUUCAAGUUUGUUAUUUGAUCCAAAAGAAGCUGCAAAUUUAGAUAAAGAAACAGUAUUAAACAUUGGUCAAAGUGGCUUACAAGAAUUGAUCAAGCUAUCUAACUUAUUUAUAGAAUUUGAAGAAAAUCUAUUUGCCCGGAGUUCUAUGAACUUAGAACGUUCGAUUUGUGAUGUUAAGAUCAACAAAAGACUUGAUAGCGCAAUAGAAAAAUUUCUUAUAUUACUUUCACCUUAUUUUCUUUUGAAUACAGCUCACAAAGCUCUUGAAUGGUUGAUAUAUAGAUUUCAUAUACAUCAAUACAAUAAGGAUCAGUUUCUUCUUUUGAUUUUGCCUUAUCAUGAAACUCGUAUUUUUGCCAGGGCAUUACAAUUGAUAGAUCUGACAGAUCCUACAGACAAGUGGCGUUGGCUCAAGCCAUUACAAAAACCAGGAGUACCUUUAGCUUCUAAUACACUUAUAAACAGAGUUAGUUCUGAUAAUGGUAUUUUAAAAAAUAUGUGCACUCAUGUUAUUACAGCAACAAAGACGUACUCGGAACAAGCAACAUCUUUAAGUACUCUAUAUUCAUUUUAUACUACCGUAUUAAUUGGUGUUAUCGAUUGUUCAUCUACCAUUACAGAAGUUCAAACUGGUCACAUACUACCAACUCUUUUAAAAGGAUUAGCAAGUACAAUUCCAGAUUUUGCUGCUAGCAGUUAUAUGAUUUUGUCGAAAUUAUUGACAAAGGUAAAGUUGAAAGAUGAUACUAUGGAGAAAUUAUUAUUAAAAACAUUUAAAAGACCAUGUCUACAACUAGAGGCAAUGCUCUUGCUUCUUUUCUUAUAUGAUUCUGCAUUUUGUCGAUUGACUUAUAUGUAUGGUAGUGUUGUACGAAGAUUGGCAGAGCUACCAUGGUUUAUAGAAAUGAUAAUUAAAUUACAAUCUUCAGGAAUCAAUGUAACAAGACUUAUCGUUCCAUUGAUACAAACUGCAUGUCACGAGAUCCUAAUAGACACGAAAGAAACUUUAUCAGUUCAGAAUAUGGUAAAUAAUAUAAUUUCAUCAAUAAAAUUGGAAGAUAAUGCAGUAGAUACAUUAUUAUCAAGUAUUCUUAAAAAGAAUUUUUCCGAAAAUGAUGUAUCCAAAGAAUAUAAAGAUUUCUUGGUUCAUUUAUAUCGAUCAUUGGAGAGAGGAUAUCCGGAAAGAUUUGACGACUAUUUAAAAAAUCUUAUGAAAUAUAAUGAAAAAAAUAGCAGCUCUAAAGUGGAAUUAAAGUUUCUCACAUCCUGGCAAUUUGGUGCACACGGUGCAUUCGAAUCAGUAGAAAUAUUGGAUAGAUUGAUUCAUACUAAUGCAGAACAAAGAAUAAUUGCAUUGGAAGCGCUUGCAAAUGACAACAUAAAUAUACCUGAAAAUUUUCAAGAGAUGAUCAGGAAUACUCUCAAGGCUAGAUUCAAUGAUGACGAAGUAAACGUUAUCAGGAGUUUGCUUUCAUUUCCUAUAAAACGAUUAACGAAGUUACUUUCUACGGAUACAAUAGUCGAUGAAUUAUUAGUUUUGUUAUCAACCUGUCAUAAUGAUUCUAGAAAAGUAUUGGCCAAGCCAGCAUUGAGGAUACUUUUAGAAUUGUGCGACGAUAGCGACGACACAAGUAUAUUUAUCACAACCUUACCAUAUUUAUUUCCUAACAAGGAUAAGGACGUAGAAGUUGCUAUGGAAAUACUAUUAUCAAAUUUUGCCAAGAAAAAUAGUUAUAUGCAAAAGGUUAAAGCUGACAUUGGAAGAUCACCAAACGCAGAAACGAUCACUUCGGCUGUGUUUCAUAAUAUAUUAAAUUCGGAAUUAUUACCACCAACUGAAAAUAUAUUGAAUGCUAUGAAGCAACAAAUUCCUCAUGGCGAUGCCGUAUCCAUGUUUUUUAAUAUGAUUUUAUUAGGAUCUGUUUGUAGAGUACCCGUUGGUUCAUUAAAACCAGAACUAGCUAGAGAAGUAAUUGAAUUGGCUACAGAAAUACUUAGAAUGUAUCCGCAAGUUAAACUUUUGCCAAAUUGUAACAAUUUAACUGGGAAUGAUAUACAGUCGGCACUUGAAUUAACUUCGAACGGUAUUUUACCACUUCAAGUAGGAACAUACGUUCUCGAAAUGGUUCACAGACGUUUGGAUUUAAAAUCCAAUCCUACAUUCGAUUUUGACAAUGAUUCAGAUCGUAGUAAUCUUAUAUUACGACUUCUCGAAAUGUUUUUCGAAGGUAUAGAUAAUAAAUUUCAAUGUAAACAUUAUUCACGAUGUUUGCAAAUAUUUUUUCAAAGACAUUUUACAACCAUGAAAGAUUUAAUUCGUUUUUUAUCACAAUUGUUUAUAAAACCUGUAAACGUUCAAACGUCACUUCACUGUUUACAAAUAUCAUUGAUACUUUUGGAACAAUGCAAAUCCAUGCAAUGGGCAUUACAGGACAAAGUUUUUCUAACGAAUCUACUUCUAUCACUUGCAAGAGAACACAAUGAGUGCAGAAUCGUUGCUAUAGAUAUUUUGAAGAAAUUAACGCAAACGUUCUAUUUAACGAUGGAACCAUUUUCAGUAUUCCUUCAAGAAUUAGUGAACAGAAGUCCAGAGAUAUAUAUGGAUCCAGAUCAAUUGUCCUUGUAUCUUUAUGUUUUACUAUCACCGGAUCCUGACGUAAGCAGCCAAUUCAAAUCCGAUAUACGUAAGAAACUUCAACAAGUACAGCAGCAAUUAUUUGAUAUUAUCACGGACUCGAUAACACCAAUGUACGUUAAAUCGCAAUUAUUGAAUAUUCUAGUACACGUAAAUGGGCCAAAAAUUUUACAAAAUCUUGCAACGCUUGGUCUUGAAUUUCUUGAAAAAUUAAAUAUUGAAACGAAACAGGAAUCAAUUGGAAACGCAUUGAAAAAUAUUCUCCAACGAUUUAACAGCGUAACUACGAAAGCUUUAACGAAUGAAAAAGUUUGGAAACUUUUUGAAACUAGUAUAUUGGAAUAUAAAGGUCAAAUAAUAAUGGAUAACAAACUAUGCCCGCCAAGUGUUAUAAUAUUAAAGCAAAUCGACGAGACAUUCUUCGAAAGUGUUGGUAAAAUUUCAAAUCAAUUGCAAGGAAAAAUUCUUGGAAUAUUGUUGGACAUAGCUACGGAUUGUGACGUCGGUAAUGUAAUAUCAAGUGUGAAUAAAGCGAUAAGAAGAAUACGUAUGCAUGCUCGACUUAUAGUAGACGAGUUACAAAAGAUGAAAACGUUCGAUGAAACGAAAAUUGAUACAAAUCAGACAAAUGUAAGAACAAGACGAUCAAGUCAAUUUCGUGCCAUUCCCAAUCCAAUGAUGAUAAAUAGCAGAGAUUGGAAACGUGGAGUAAUCCUAUUGGAAUUCGUACAACGCGCUGAAAAUAUAGAAAAAGAAGAACUUCUUUAUCCAAUUUUGUUCGAUUUACUUAAAACAUGUCUUAGCUUUGAGGAACAAAGUCCGAUCGAAUAUACGAAUCAAUUGAUCUUGUCGACGAUACAUCGACUUACAACCGUAAAACUUCCAAUUCGUGACGCUCAUCUUCAAGUGGAUCUAAUAGCACAGUGUAUAAGAACAUCGAGAAAUCCUCAGACUCAUCAUCAUGCGUUAUUACUACUGGUCGAAUUGUUGAAGAUCGUUAAUAUUCCUUGUGCAUUUCACACGAUCAUGCCUAUAUUUACGUUUAUGGGUAGUUCCGUUGUUAGACAGGACGAUGCUUAUUCUAUACAAAUUAUAUCGAAAACCCUAGAAACCGUAAUACCCAUUGCAAAUGCUAAAAACGACGAGACACAUGCUUGCGAAAUUUUAAGAACUUUUAUCGUAUCAUUACCAGAUAUACCAGAACACAGAAGGACACCUUUAUUCGUAAAACUUUUGCAAUUGCUUGACGAUCAUCUUCAUUUGUAUUAUCUUUUAACGUUCGAAAGUUAUGUACUUUCGAGAACACGUAUAAUCAAUGAAAAAACGCCAUCUCAAAGGCUAGAAUUUGCUUUGAAUGUCUCGAAGGAAUUCACACCGAAAAGAUUGUUAUUGGUUUGUGUGAAAUUGGCACGAUUUUUGAGAGAUAUGCCCGUCGAUAUUGAAGAAGAGAAAGAUCGAAAGGCGGCCAUGUCGUUUCCACAUAAACAUGUUUUCGAUGUUACCAAGAAUACACCGAAACAUCUUAGACAUUACAAAUUCAUAUUGAUUCAAUUUCUCGGCAAUCUGUUAUCAACGACAGAUUUUAUCAAUCGGGUUGCCCAAUACAAUUCGGAUGAAGUGAACGAGAUCAGACCGCAUUACGAUGCUUUGAUAAUCGAAUUGGUUCUUUUGAUACAUAAUACUUCUAAGACUGCUGAUAUAUAUCAGGGUAAGCCAAUAGGGAAAUAUUGGAAGGUUCUUUUACAUCAUCUUUACGAUGUCCUUGAUCUCGUUAACAAUCUUUUACCAAACAAUAUAUUUUUAAUUAGCAUCAAACAACUUUUGAAUCAUGAAUUGUUAACGGUUAAAAGGAAAGCUUUAGAACUGCUCAAUGCAAGACUUCAACAGAGAAACUUUAACGAAGAUGAUCACGUCGAUCUAUUAGAAUUGAUCGAUACAUUGUUAGAAAUUAUCGACGUUAACGUAAAACCAGAAAAUCAAGAAGGUGAAGUUGUUCAACAAACUGUUUUAAUUACGUUCAAAUUGUUGGCAAAGUUGUUAGCAAGCAAACAUCCUGCGGUAUUCAAACCCAUUCUCGAAAUGACUACGGAACUCUUAAAAACACGUGAUGGUCCAAUAUUAGGAAGUACGGCACUAUGUGUUGCAGAAUUAUGUAGCUGUUUACGUACUUAUGCUAUACAAUCGUUAAACAAAUUCGUACCUGCGAUUAUUCAUUUGAUGAAGACGCAUUGUCACGAGGAAAUACCGGAUAUCGUUACUAUCAGUAUCGUCAGUGCCUUUCAAAAGAUCGUCGAAUCGAUUGGAAAUUUCUUAUCACUUUAUUUGGAUCAACUAUUGUACGAGUUAACCCGAUUGAAUUCAUUUUAUACGGACACGGAUCAUCCUAAGAUCGGUGUCGUCGUUUCCCGUUUAAAAUCGACAACGCAAAAAUUGGCAAGUUUCGUACCUUUGCGUGUCUUGUUACCAGCUAUCAACAGAACUUACGAUAGAUUAUGCAAGAAAAAAUCUUACAAAUGUAUACCACCUCUAUUAAGUAUCCUUUCCGAAUCAUUUCUUUCAGUACCAGCUACUGAUUUAAAUGCGGCUAUACCAGAUCUCGCGAGUUUCUUCUUAAAGGUAUUUCAAUUUCGCGAGGAUAUUGUAUCUAGUCAAGAUGAUAUGGAAAUCGAUGGUGUAAAUAUAUCUGAAAAUAUCGAGACAGUUGAGGAGAGUGCUGGUAAAGCUUUGGUAGCAUUAGUUUUGAAAUUAAGCGAGGCCACAUUUAGACCACUUUAUUAUAGAUUUUACGAUUGGGCAGCAAGAAAUCCAGAUCACAAAGAACGUAACAUAACUUUCUUCAGACUUUCAGCCAACAUAGCAGAUUGUUUGAAAUCAUUAUUCGUCCUUUUCGCCGGCCAUUUCUUAAAACACUCAGCACUUUUAUUAACCAAUAACAAUCUGUUUGUUUCUCAAGAAUCAGGAGAAUUAACUCUUCCCGAGGAAUCGAGUAGAAUCGAAUUGGUGGAAUCAGUUUUAUUGACGCUCCAUCGAGUUUUUACUUACGAUGCCAAUAAUUUUGUUAAUCAGGAACGAUUUGAUGUAUUAGCUCAACCAAUCGUUGAUCAAUUAGAAAAUACGAUGGGUACAAAGGAAGAUUAUAAUAAACGUGCGAACGAUUUGAUAGUACCUUGUAUAGCUUCAUUUGCCAGCGCAAUACCAGAUGAUUCUUUACACAAACUUUUGGUUUAUCAAACAUUGUUAAAAACUAGACACGCCAAGGCAUACGUUAGAAGUGCCGCUUUAAAUGCUCUGGUCGAAAUCGCUCGAAAAUUAGGAGAAGAUUUUAUGCCGUUGUUACCGGAAACCGUACCUUUUUUAGCGGAGAUGUUGGAAGACGAGGACGAAGCUACCGAAAAAUGUGCGCAAAAUGCAGUGAGAACGUUGGAGGAAAUUUUAGGAGAGCCAUUACAAAAAUAUUUUUAAUUUUAAUCAAUCCGACGGUUUCUUUUUUUCAUUUAUGAAUUCGUCGAACGGAACCAUACGAUGCAUGUAAAAAAGAAAGAAAAUUUUUAUCAAUUAUCUUACAGAAUUUGUUAUAUUAAAUUGAUUUAUGUGAAAUAAUCGAUAUCGAUCUCGUAGUUUGGACAUUUAAUUACGAAUUUUAGGAGAAUAAACGAACGAUAAGCUAUA